AUGCGGGCCAGUGCCCCGCCUAACAAGGAAAAUGAGGCGCCAACGCAGACUAUAACUGGAAGUGCGUCUCUGGGCAGCGCGUGGGGAAGAGUAGAGGCGUGCCCUCCAGGGGACGCGCUCCAGCAGUUGGAGCAAAUUCUUUUGGAAAGGAAACUGCUACCGACAGGCACAGCUGUCGAUUCGUCGAAGCAACCUCCCAUUUUGAGACGGCGAUAUCGCUCUGACGGCAACGCAGGGGCAGCGUCUGGUCCGGGGAGCUCCAUAGCGACCAACCGGCGCGCCCAGCGGGCGUUUCGUAACCCCCUAGGAGAGACGCAGUGCGACCAGAUCGCGGCUUCGUGGCGACAACGCAUCGCCAAGGAUCAGGCGAAUGGCACUGCGAAGACGCCCCCCGUUCGGAAGAUGCUGUUCGGUCCAGUGCAAGCGCCACCGCCGGCGACGCAGCAGCAGCAGCGACAAGAGUGCGCAAUGUCGACGCCAAGCGGCCAAGCAUCGUCCCCGGAGCCGACGCCGCGGUCGGCCGGUUCGACCAGCUAUCAUCAGCGAGUGACCGCCAACUUUCCUCAGUGUACGUCGAACAAGGAGCACAACGCUUUACAGAGCGAGCGUCAGGAGGCUCCAUAUGCCUCGAGGGAGCCGUUUGGGCACCCGCCCCCGGCUACCGUCCUGACGGACACCUCAUUGCUAGAACUCGAGAACCAGAUUGCGAACCUGCUCGAGUCCAAAUGCAGUGCUGAGGAGGAGCUCAGCAGGCUGCAGCUCCAGUGCCAAAGAUCCCAGAAUGAAAAUCGACAGUUACGUCUGCAAAUCGCCCGCCUCGAAGGCGCCCUCGAGACCAAGAGCGAGCACUGGCGAACAGUGCGUGAUGAGCUUGAAGAGACACGCAGGCAGUACGGAGCGCUACGACAGGAGCACGAACACACACAAAUAUUGCUGCAGAACGCUCUCCAGGAAAAACAACGUGCACAACAAGAGCGGGAGUCACUCGAGGCACAACUGAAGCAAGUCCGGCACACAGCCGAGGCUGAAAACGCUCAGAGGGAACAACUCUACGAGCGAGAGCUCUGCAAAUUGCAUACGGCAUGCGCUCGCCAGGAACGAGUCAUUGACGAGUUGCAACGCCGAUGGCUACGUCUGAACGCAAUGCUCCAGGAUCUCUUCGCGAGUGAAACCGAUGAAGAAGGAGCGUCCCCGCAUUGGUCAACACCAGUACGGGAUGCCCGUCCGCCAUAUUCGCGCCACGAUACUGGCGCCGAACGCUCACCUCAUCGAUCCUAA